AUGGCCUCAGAGAGGCCACCCAACGCUCAAUGGAAUGAUAAUGAGAUCUUUGCUUUCCUGGAUCAUUUGAUCUCUGAAAAAGCAAAGGUCGCAGAAGGAGGAUUCAAGAACAAUGUCUUCAACCAGGCUGCAAGAGUGAUCACACAGUUUACGACACAUGGCCCAACCAAGACAGGGGGACAUUGCAAGGGUAAAUGGCAAUAUGUCUCAAAAAUAUCCACAGCACCAUUAACAGAUAUCACAACAGAUCUGGAUGCCACUGGGAUAACGAGUUCCGGCGUGAACAUUGUGGGGGGAGCAGCAGAAACUCAGUGGAUUCAGUUCCUCGAGUCCAACAGCAACAAGGCAAUGAGAUCAUUCAGGAACUCCAGAUGGAAAUUCUUCCCCAAGAUGGAGGAGAUCCUGCCGAAUGGGAGUGGCGCCAUGUGCGCUGCUGCCUAUAACCUGGCUCCAUUAGCUGCACAGUCACCAGCAGUUGUCACAUCUGCCAGCAUCAUGGCCAGUCAAUCAGCACCUAGCACUGCUAGUACUGAGGUGGGCAGCAAUGCUAUUGGUCUUGCUAUUUGUGUGCCCCCUCCUCACAACAUACCUGUUAGCCCAGCACAUGCAGAUGGCUUUGGAUGGGAUAUGGUCAUGUCUGCCCUCCCAUCCGCUAACAUUGGAAUUUAUCAGCCUCCAGCACCGGAAAAUGUUCGCACUCUGACAUGCUCUUCUCUGGUAACACCACCCAAUCCUCCUAUGUCGCACAUAGAUUCCGCCAGCUCUGAGAAGAAGCCGAAGCUUUUGGCACAUGGUGGCAGCACCAUGUCACAUGUUGCUAGUCAAUGCAAUUCCAAGGCUAGGCAAUACUGCAGGCGUUUAUACAGUCUGUCAACGUCGAUGACCAACACGGAUGAAAGUCAGGUGGCAGAUGAGAGAUCACAGGCUUUGGCCAUAAUGCAAGAUGAUGAAGAAAUCACACCAGAGGACAAGGUCACACUCAUGAUUGUCUUUGGAAGGAGCCCAUCGACAUGCACCACUUAUGUGUCCAGUAGGCCUGAGAAUCGCCUGCCUUACUUACAAUCUGUUAUCCAUCAGGCUCUCAGGGGGGACUUUGGCGCGCUGUAA